AUGGCUUACAGUACAAGUGCUACAUCUAAUUGGGUUGUGCAGAAGUUCGGUGGUACUUCUGUCGGUAAAUUCCCUGUGCAGAUCGUGGACGAGAUAGUCAAGUACUACUCUUCUUCCAAACAGGACGGUGGGUUUGAUAACGAUGUCGCCGUUGUGUGUUCCGCGAGGUCCUCCUAUACCAAGCAGGAAGGUACCACUUCUAGGCUGCUGAAGUGUUGUGAUCUGGCAUCUCAGGACCAGGAGUACAGCGACAUUAUCGAGACCAUAAGGCAGGAUCACGUCAGCAACGCCGAGAGGUUUCUGGAGGACUCUCCUUUAGUCGCCAAGUUGAUCGACGACACUAACAAAGAGCUGGCCCUAGUGGAUAAGUACCUGUCCGCCUCGAAGGUGUUGGGUGAGGUCAGCAAUAGAACCAUCGACCUGGUGAUGUCCUGUGGUGAGAAGUUGAGUUGUCUGUUCAUCACCGCGCUUUGCAACGACCGUGGGUGCAAAGCCAAGUAUGUCGACCUUUCCAACGUGGUCCCAUCAGAUUAUCAAACUACUACACUAGAUACCAGUUUCUACACUUUCCUGGUCCAGGCCCUGAAGGAAAAACUGGAACCAUUCGUAAACUCCAAGGAGAGAAUCGUGCCAGUAUUCACCGGUUUCUUCGGUUUCAUCCCAAUGGGUCUGCUGAAUGGUGUCGGUCGUGGUUACACUGACUUGUGUGCGGCUUUGAUCGCCGUCGCCUUGAACGCAGACGAAUUGCAAGUAUGGAAAGAAGUCGAUGGUAUCUUCACCGCCGAUCCACGUAAAGUCCCUCAGGCUCGUCUACUGGACAGUGUCACGCCUGAAGAGGCCUCAGAAUUGACCUACUACGGUUCCGAAGUCAUUCACCCAUUCACCAUGGAGCAAGUCAUAAGAGCUAAGAUUCCUAUCAGAAUCAAGAACGUCCAGAAUCCAAAGGGCAACGGUACAAUCAUUUAUCCAGACAAUGUGGCCAAGAAAGGUGAGUCCACUCCACCACAUCCACCUGAGGCCUUGAGCUCCACUUUCUUCGAAAAGAAGAGAAGAGGUGCUACCGCUAUCACUACUAAGAACGAUAUCGUCGUGCUGAAUGUUCACUCCAACAAGAAGACUCUGUCUCACGGUUUCCUAGCUCAGAUAUUUACCGUUCUGGAUAAGUACAAGCUAGUUGUCGAUUUGAUUUCCACCUCAGAAGUUCACGUCUCUAUGGCUCUUCCAAUCCCUGAUAGUGACUCGAUGAAGGCUCUGAGAUCCGCAGUUGAGAAAUUGAAGCCCUUGGGUUCAGUCGAUAUCAUCAAGAAGAUGUCCAUCGUUUCCUUGGUCGGUAAGCAAAUGAAACAAUUCAUUGGUAUCGCCGGUACCAUGUUUACCACUCUGGCAGAGCAAGGUAUCAACAUCGAAAUGAUUUCUCAAGGUGCCAACGAGAUUAACAUCUCCUGUGUUAUUGAUGAAAUGGACUCCAUAAAAGCCCUUCAAUCCAUUCACAAGAAACUACUAGACGAACUCCCAGAAAAUGGAUCUGGCUCUGAACAAUUUGAGAAGGCGGUCGAUGAAAGACUUGAACAAAUCAAGAGGUUGAACUUGUAG